AGUCUUAAAAAUAGCAAAAGUAGUUGUCAUUUACGAAGUUGAGGGGUUCAUAUGUAAACAAAUCAAACUUUGGGGGACUGAAAGAGCAAAUUUCGGUUUAAAAGUAGUCGCACAGGCAAAGUUCAAUUUGUAUUACGAUUUAGAGGGAGGGAGGAAGAAGAAUCAGAUCGGAGAAAAUGACAAUGACGACGUCGAUGAUACAGAGGCUGUUCACGCAAGGCACCAAGAUCGUCUGCGUCGGGCGUAACUACGCCGCUCACGCCAAAGAACUAGGCAACGCCGUUCCCAAGGAACCAGUUAUAUUCUUAAAGCCGACGUCAUCAUACUUAGAGAACGGAGGAACGAUUGAGAUUCCACAUCCUCUAGAAUCACUCCAUCAUGAGGUGGAGCUCGCUGUAGUGAUGGGAGAGAAGGCUAGAGAUGUACCCGAGGCAACCGCCAUGGAUUACAUUGGAGGAUAUGCGGUUGCUCUUGAUAUGACUGCUAGGGAACUCCAAGCUACUGCCAAGGCAUCUGGUCUCCCUUGGACUCUUGCUAAAGGACAGGAUACUUUCACUCCAAUAAGCUCUGUUCUGCCAAAGGCGAUGGUGCAUGAUCCUGAUAACCUAGAACUUUGGCUGAAGGUUGAUGGUGAAACAAGACAGAAGGGUUUGACAAAAGAUAUGAUCUUCAAGGUUCCGUACCUCAUCAGCUACAUAAGCUCUAUAAUGACUCUCUACGAAGGAGAUGUCAUCUUGACAGGUACGCCAGAAGGUGUUGGACCUGUAAAGAUAGGACAGAAGAUAACCGCAGGGAUCACUGGUCUAUCUGAAGUUCAGUUCGAUGUUGAUAGGCGUCUAAAGCCUUUGAGUUAAUUGUUUUGUUUGUGUUUCAUAUAAUACUAUUAAUAAAAAUGUUAAGCUUUUGAUUUACGUAAUAAACCGUGUGUAAUUUUCUUCAUUUAUUGUAUUUCCUUGCACUUGA